AUGAGUAUAUCUAUAGUUGGGUCAUUAAAUUAUGAUUUAGUUACCUAUGCAGACUCGAUUCCAGCGCCAGGAGAAACAAUUCGUGCAAAUAGUUUUCAAACCCAUACAGGGGGUAAAGGGUUAAAUCAAGCUAUAGCAAUUGCAAAAUUGAAAAGACCUGAUUCAUUCUAUGACGUUCGUAUGAUAGGUACUGUUGGAAAGGAUAGUUUUGGGUUUGAAUUAAUACAUAUUUUACAAGAACAUCAUGUAGAUGUCUCACAAGUGGUCAUACAUCCUACUGAGAAAACAGGUGUUGCCAUCAUUCUAGUAGAAAAAAAGACAGGUCAAAAUAGAAUAUUAAUUACUGCAGGUGCCAAUGGGGAAAGUGUAUAUAAUGACGAUCAGUUAGAAGCUAUCUUUCCAAAAACUUUGAAAAAUAAUAAUGAGGAUAGACAUAUGGCUGUAUUUCAACAAGAGAUACCAGAUCCAUGUUCUAUUAUGAAAUGGUUAAAAAGGGAAAGAAAAAAUUAUGAUAUUGUGUUCAACCCAUCUCCUUUCAAAAGUAUAGAAAUAGAUAAUUGGAAUCUAAUAGACAUUUUAAUAGUAAAUGAAGUUGAAUCUUUACAAAUUAUUGAAUCAGUGUUAGAAAACAAUAUAGUUGCGGAAAUUAAAAAAGAAAUAAGAGCAAAUUUUAUGAAGGGUUAUGAGGAGAUAUGUAAAGUACUUCAAAAGAAAUGUGUCAACCCUAAAGGCCCUGGUAUUGUUAUUAUUACAUUGGGUGCUAAAGGUGUUUUAUUUUUGUCUAAAGAACAACGAGAAGUUAAAUUUAGAGAACCUGUUAAGAAUAUUAAGGUUAUUGACACAACCGGUGCAGGUGACACAUUUUUAGGUGCUUUUAUCACCCAGUAUUAUCAAAGUAUCGAUAUUACAAAAGCAAUUGAAUUCAGUACUAAAGCUAGUUCUUUGACUAUCCAAAACCCAGGCGCUUCCGAAAGUAUUGUAACGUAUAAUGAAGUUAUUCAGAUCUCUUAA